AUGUCCAAUAAAGCUGAUCCAUAUGACUAUAUGGAAGGGUUCGGAAAUCAUUUUACUUCCGAAGCUUUGAAAGACGCAUUACCAAAGGGUCAGAAUACAAAAAUGUCAAUACGGCCUUUACGCAGAACAGCUUUCAGGAACUGCGUUUACAGUAGACCGUAA